CAGAGACCAGCAAUUAAGUAACUCCUAGGAAGACCAAGCCACGGAGUGCCAUUUCCCUCUUCACUUGACUCCUGGCUCCUCUGAGGUCCGGCUGGACAGAGGCUCCUCUGAUCACUCUGGGGUAACAGUCCUGCAGUCACUGGGUCCAAACCCCGUGGCACUCCACCCUGGUCACACUCUGCUUCAGCUUCCUGUGGAAUAAACCACAAAGUGCUGGGGGCAGGGGGUGUUGCCCUCUGGGCGGGUCUGGAGGAGAUGGGGCACCCUGCACCAGCAUGAGGCCCAGCCUGGGCGCUGGCCAGAGUCCUGAGCAGGAAGGAAGAGGGUCACUGGACCCCGCGGGCCUCGUGCUGGAGAGGCCCAGCCGGCAGGGCUUACCUGGCCUCCACCAGGGGCCCCCUGACAGACUCGUGGAGGGACCUGGGAGCCUUAAAGAAGGAUUGGGCGUGACGGCCCAAAGUGCCCAGGGUGGGCUGGGGGGAGGUAGGACGCCAGGUCAGCAGGGAGCCUAGCGGGCUGGGAGGGAGGCUCAGACCAGAGAGCCCUCUGUGAACCAUUUUAGAACCCAAACAGGUAGCAAGAAGCCUCCUGACCUCAGCCUCAGCCCAUUGUGACGUCGCCAGCAGGGCUGGUUCCUCCACGGCCAGCACCACCGCCCUCCGCCCUGGCCUCCUCCACCUCCCAGCCCACAGCCCAGCCCAGGCCCAUGCUUCUCUUCUCAGUUGUGCUGCUCAUCACCCACGCCACGGGGGCGGACCCAGCAGGAUGUGGCGAGAGGCCCACUUUCGAGGACCAGAAGAUGCGGUAUUCCAGAAUCGUCGGGGGGCUGGAGGCUGAGGUGGGUGAGUUUCCGUGGCAGGUGAGUAUCCAGGCAACAAAUCAACAUUUCUGUGGCGGCACCAUCCUCAACUCUUGGUGGAUCCUCACAGCUGCUCACUGCGUAAUUGGCGAGUUACCGUAAGUACCCAGGGCCAGCCGCGGACAGCCACACGCGUGGCCAGACCUGAUGGUGAAGGGGUCCUGGCACCGUUGUAUCCUGAUGCAGACAUGAAUGUCCGCCCUCCAGCCUGUGGGCACUGCACAGUGGACCCCAAGCUGUGCCAGGGCCCAUGGCUCUGUGCAGCAAAGUCACACGCUGUCCUUUCCAGGCACACCUGUGGCCUAUGGAGGUGGAGCACUCAGUCCAUCCACCUGUCCUAGGACAUCCAAGUGCUUCUUGGAAAUCCUGGACGUCUGGUCUCUGGCCACCUGAGUGCGUCCUUCCUGCUCCUUGUAGGGUGCUCUCUGCUCAGCUGACGGUUGACUGCUGGCAUUUCCUGAUCAUGAACCAUGCUCCAGGGACCCCAUUAAGAUUUUACCUGUGUUAAAUUACUUACCUGUACAAUGACCCUCUGAGGCAGGCAGAAUAAAUUACUCUAUUUUAUAGAUAAGGAAACUGAGGUCCAAUAAAGCUAUGUGACCCCGCCAGGGACCACAGCUCACAGUGGAAGGCAGUCCUGAAUGCUCCGGCACUUGGGCACCCUGCUUCACCACCUCAAGAGCUUUGGAAGCACAGAGGAUCUGAGUGUCGUGCUGGGGACCAACGACUUGACCAGCCCACGUCUGGAAAUAAAGCCGGUCAGCAGCAUAGUUUAUCACAAUAAAUUUAAGAGACAAAGCAUGGACAACGACAUCGCCUUGCUGAUGGUGGCCUCGCCCAUCGAGUUCAAUAGCCUGAUAGUGCCCAUCUGCAUGCCCCCAGAGCCCAUGCCUUCCAAGUGGCACAAGUGCUGGGUGGCAGGGUGGGGCCAGACCACUUCAGCUGACAAAGGGUCUAUGAAAACCGAUCUGUUGAAAGUGCCGAUGGUCAUCAUAGAUUGGAAUGAAUGUGCAAAAACGUUUACAAAACUUACCAAAAAUAUGCUGUGCGCAGGAUUCAUGAACGAGAGCUACGAUGCUUGCCAGGGCGACAGUGGGGGGCCCCUGGUCUGCACGACAGAAGGAAACAAGAAGUGGUCCCAGGUGGGCAUCAUCAGCUGGGGCAGGAGCUGUGGGCAGAAGAACACCCCAGGAAUAUACACCUCGCUGGCCAACUACCAGCUCUGGAUCAAGAACGUCACCCAGGUGGAGGGGCGGCCCUUUGACACCGAGAAAAGGAGGUCCACCCUGAAACACAAGUCCAGGGACUCCAGGUCCUCGGGGUGCUCAGAGCUGGGCAGCCCCAGGUGCUGGCUCCUGCGGGGGCUUCUGUCCUGCCUCUUGCUCAGGGCCGUUUUCAACGGGUAAUAAAAGUCCUUAACCAAA